AUGGAUCACGUAAGCGAAGUUAUUUCAAGGGCAUUUCACGACUCUGAAAUCGCAAAACGUUUUUCCUGUAGAAGAACUAAAUCUGCCGCAAUUGCUUACAACGUCUUAGGCAAUAACUUCGAAGAAAAAAUGCUUGCAGAAUUACGUCCAAGGCUGGAAAAUGAAACUGAGAGAAGCCCAGUAUUUUCGCUCAUUAUCGACGAAAGCACAGAUGUCAGUACUACCAAGGUACUUGCAGCAGCAAUAAAGUACUACUCAGAAAAAUUGCAAUCUCCACAAACAAAAUUUUUGUGUAUGGUGGACUUAAAAGAUUUUAUAUUACCCAUAACUACAAAAUUUAACGUUAUUUUUCAAAGUGAUCAGACGCUCAUUCAUAAAAUUGACACAGAUAUACAAAACAUGAUGAGUUCCAUUUUGAGUUGUUUUAUGAAGAUAAAUUAUAUUAAAACUACUUCGCUUCAGUCAAUAGAUCCCAGUUCAAGUAUGCAUUUCCUUCCUAUACAAAACAUGUACCUGGGCACAAACGUAGCCAUAACAUUGGAAUUAUUAAAAGAUGAUGUUCGAAUGAAAUCUAAAAUUGAAGAGUUUCUUAACAGAUGUCAAGCAUUUUUGAUCGAGCUAAGUAAACAAUUUCUCCAAAGACUGCCUGUACAAGAUAAUUUCUUGCAGGAUUUGUCGUUUAUCGAUCCCCAAAAGGCAGUGUAUGGUGAAUUUCGAACUCUAAUAAAAAUACUACAAAGGUUUCCUAACUUAGUUACAACAGAAAAUAUGCAAAUUGUUGACAACGAAUAUAGGGAAUUAAAAUUAGAUGUUUCCGUGUCUAAUUUAUUGUCAACUUCGAGUUCAACUUCUGAAAAUUUUAUGGUGGAUAAAUUUUGGAGUGAGGUCAGCCAAAUUUGCGAUGCGAAUAGCAAACCAAAAUAUGGCAAUUUGGCCCGGUUUGUGAAGCAAAUGACAAUACUACCUCUGUCUAACGCCAAAGUUGAAAGAAUAUUUUCCGAUAUUAAUAGAAUUAAAAGUCAAGAUAGAAAUCGUUUUAAUAACAAGAAUGUUGCUGCAAUUAUGCAUGGAAAAGAGGGGCUACGACAGUUGGAAGGAGGAUGUAGCAGAUUUGAUCCUGACAAAAGUAUGAUCAAGCUAAUGGACUCAAAACAGCUUUAUGACAAUAUCCAACAUAACGACGAAAAAUCUUAG